AUUUCAGCCCACUGAAGUAGAGGCGAAUAAUCUUGGCUCCGACGCAGAUGACGUUAUUGAUGAAGAUAAUCGAAAAAUAGGGAUAAGGAAAAAAAUUAAUAAUAAACCUUCUAAAGUUGCAUAUUGUUAUGACGAAGCAGAAAUCGCUUACCUUAGGGAAGAAAUUGUCAAGCUUAACCCCAUGGAUGUAUCACAGAUGCCCCGCCGCUGA